AUGUCCCUUGCUCGACCAGCUCCAGCCCUCCUCAGUAACCGCUCUGAACCCGCUCAAUUUAUUCCCGCCAUGAACCCGUCCUCAUCCUUCACACUUACCGCCGUGGGACUUUUGUCGCCCAAGAUCAAGUGCCAGUCCGAUAACAAGAAGGAACACUAUACCUUCCAGUCCAAAUCGGAUGCAGUCAACCGUAACAUGACGAUCAAGGACCUCAAGGGCAACCAGGUCUGCAAGGUCAAGAACAAGGGUGAGCAUCUCCUCGAUCUCUACCUGACAACCGAUUCCAAGGAUAUCAACGUCCAGUUCCGAGACAUGGUUGCCUUCAAGAAGGCCGUCGAGAAGAACGGUGCCAACGGAGCCAAAAUGCCGGUCAUCUACCAGCCCGGGGAUGAAGACGAUGAGCGCUCAGAUCCUCGCUAUAUUGAGGCACAGGGAAACACCAACAUCUGCUGGGCUUUUGAGUUUGAGGGACGUAUCUACCAGUGGACUGCUCCCGGUGGUCACGGAAUCCAUGCUGCUCCAGGCUCGGAUGUCCUUGUCUGCCACCAAGCGGGGGCCGGUCCUGUGUCAAAGGUUGCCAGGCUGGCCAGCAGCCAUACCGGUGCCUCGGACAAGCUGACGAUCUCAAAUGGAUCAACUGCAACAGUCCUCGACAAGAACGGUCUCCAGAUCCUCCUCCUCACAAGCGUACUCAGUCUGAUGGAGAUUAUGAACGACCGCAGCCGAGAGUUGCUCGACUUUGACUAA